GGGCCAACCGCCUGGGAUGACCGAUGCAGACACCAAACAGGAGUUUCUCUUGACCAUCGGCCCAGGUGGCCCUGCCAUGCAUCGCUUGGUGGAAGAGGAACUUCUCGACCUCGCUGGCUGUGUGCCAGAGCGCUUUGGUCAGGCGCGCUUCUACUUUUCAGCUGACGUCGAACCCGUGGAGCGAUUCUUUAGGUUGAGAUCCCCCGAGAAGCUCUAUGCCUUGGUCCUGUGCGUGAAUGCCGAGGACUUGUCGUGGCCCGCGGAACAAGAGGCCUCCGAGGCCUUCCUAGCCCAGCGCGUGGCCGCCAGUUUCGGCUGGUCGAGGGCCUUGGAGACGUGUCGCAGCUUCGGGCGCCAGAUGCCUCCAUCCACCUUCCGCGUCACCGCCAAGCGCGCCGGCCGGCGGGCGGCGCAUCUGAGUUCCAAUGGCAUUGCCGAGUUCGUGGGUGAGGCCCUGGCAGAAGCCAUGGAUUGGCAAGUGGAUUUGCACGACUACGACUUGGAGGUUGUGGUUCACUUGAAUGACGACCACCUUAUCGUUGGAUUGCCUUUGCUGGAGCGCAGCGGUCAGCAGGCCCAAUUUGCCCUCCCCGGGCUGUCGCAGCCUGUAGCCUGGGCCAUGGCAAGGACGGUCGAGCCGCUGUGUGGCGAAGUGGUGAUCGAUCCGAUGUGCGGCUCCGGCAUCGUGCUCUUCGAGGCGGCACAGUGCUGGCAAGGUGCCUACUAUCUGGGCUUCGACCAAGACAGACAGCAGCUGGAGCGCUCCACCAGCAACUUGAAGCUCUUAGCCGCGGAUGUGGCUCAAAGUUUGAGCUUUGCUCGUGGUGACGCCCGAGCUUUGCCGCUGGAAACCUCCUCAGUGGAUGCGAUUCUCUGUGACUUGCCCUUCGGCAAACAGUAUGGCAGUGAGGAGGACAACCUCGCCCUGUAUCCAGCGGUGCUUCUGGAGUUCCGAAGAGUCUUAAGGAGAACUGGACGAGCAGUGUUGCUCACCAACCAGGCCAAUGCCAAGACCUUGAUGGAGGCUAUGGCUGAGAGCUGGCGGGUGGUCUGUCAGCGCAAAGUCUUGCUGGGGCAUAUGGAGGCGUUGCUCUUCUUGGUGAAACCUUUGGAGUCAGGUGGAUAUGGUGGCCCCCAAGCUGCGGGAUCGCGACUGCCCUGGGAAGAUGUCUUUGGACGCCGGCAGUGGUCUGCGAUGAAAGCCACCAUGCGACAGCCCUUGCGCUUGGUGCACGCCGGCGGCUGCAAGCAACGAAGGGACCAAAAAAUUCACGGCAACGAAGAAUUGGAGCCAGCAAUACCAACAGCGGGAUUGGAAGGUAGCUAUGCCCCUUCCGGAUGGAAGGCAGAGCCGAUGUCGCAGGUAUUGCAGGCCCUGCAGACCACGCAAGGGCAGCUCAAGCUGCUGUUCAAGCGCUUAGGCAUGCUGCAAGAGGAGCAUGAGGCACUUUGCGAGUGUUUGGCUGCUCACGGCGCCGUCCCCGCAGAGAGGCUCAUGGCCUGGCUCCACCGGCGGCGCUUCGCUGAAGCGCGGCGGCGUCAUCCCCUGACGUCGGGACGCAAAGGAUCCAAGGAGUUGUCCUUGGACUUGGCUGCGCGUUUGGGUUUGGAUGCUGUGGCACAGCUGAGUGGUGCUUCACGAGCGAUGCGUGCGUCGCUAUCAGCACUGGGACCUGAUUUGGCGACUCUGUAUCCUUUCCGCCUUUAUGCCAUUGGUGGAGAGGCUUGUGGCGACGCACUGGCAUCAGUCGAGCGCUUUGACUUGACAGCAAACACUUGGCAGCGCUUGGAACCACUGCAUACCCCAAGGAGUGGCUGUGCAGCCGUAGCCCUUGGAGGGUAUAUCUACGCAGUGGGCGGCUGCGGCAUUGAUGGAGAAGAUCUUCGCUCCGUCGAGAGGCUGAAUCUCCAAGAUGAGCUUUGGGAGGAGGUGCCUCCCAUGGUCACAGGCCGAGAUGAGUUGGCGGUGGUGGCCAGUGGCGGUUGCAUCUAUGCCAUGGGUGGUAGCCACCUGGUGUGGCCAGUGCGCCAUGUCUUGGAUUCGGCGGAGCGAUUUGAUCCUCGCCUGGGCAGAUGGCAGGAGUUGCCGCGCCUGAGCCGUGAACGCUGCGCGGCGGCGGCGGUGACCACCCAGCGACAGAUCUUCGUCAUGGGCGGCUGUGAUGAGGAUGGUGUGGCCUUAGCCUCCACGGAAAUGUUGGACCUGCGACACGAUCGACCUCAUUGGGAAGUGCUACCGCUGAUGAGACGAGCGAGAUGUAACUUCGCUGCAGCUGUCUCCUCGGGACUCAUCAUUGUGGCGGGGGGCUAUGAUGACAAGACCCGUGAUGUGGACAUCGUGGAGCAGUUGGAUCCUUCGUUGGGGAUUGGGUGGGAAGCUGUGAGUUUUCUUCCAGUGCCACGAUGGGGUGUUCGUGCAGCCAGCAGAGCUGGGGCUAUCUUCAUCGUUGGAGGGUAUUUUGUGGAUAACGAAGUCGGCACCACAGACUGCUUGGACACCUCGGGCGCUUGGGCCAGCUAUGCUUUGUUGCGGGAACCGCGACGGUCCUUUGGUUUGGCAGCCAUCAACGGCUAUGGCUGA